AUGUCCUACUACGAGAAUGCGCAGUGGCCUGCUGGCCAAGCCCAGCACCAGCCCAACAACUGGGAACAGCAGAGAACCGCCACUCCCGUUCGAACGGGUGCCAGCGCUCCUCAGCCCCAGGACGACUAUGCCUUCUCCUACCAGUUUGAUGAGGUUGACCGCGCCCACGAGAAUCUUCAAAAGUCUGGCAAAGGCUAUGCCAUGAGCGGACGCCCAGGUCGCACCCCCCACGGCCAGGGCUCCCGAUCCCACUCCGUCAACAACUUUGACGAACCCCGCGGCCCUCCUGGCCCUAACCUCCAGAACUUCUACGCCCAGCAGAGACACCACCAGCCGUCCCGCGGCUCCAACGAUGCCGAGCAGCAAUAUCAACGAACUGUUCUUGCUGAUCCUGCCGGCAACACCCAGAACAACACCAGCAGCCCCGCCCCCAGCACCAAUGCGAGCAACAACAGCAAGCACAUGUCGGAGGAGGAGACUCGCGAGCUGAUUGCCCGCCAGCGCAGCGCUCUGUACGGCGAAGGUCCGUUCGCCGACAAGACUAGCUACGUCGAUGAGAGCGGCAACAUUCGCAAGGGUGCCCCCGGUCCCAGCGGCGCUUCCAGCCUUCGCGGCGCUUCCCCCAUGACCUUUGACGGCAUCGGUCGCCCUCCUGCUGAUGCCGGUACCCCCACCUCGGCCAAGGAUCAUGGCUCUGGCCAGAACGAGCUGAGCCCUCGCCCCAACAGCACCACUAGCCCGCAGAGCUCCGGCCCCAACAACAAGGUCUUUGACAAUGCUGUCGGCGCCCAGAGCCGUACCAGCACCUCCAGCCCUACCGGAGCCUCUCCUCCUCGCGAUCUGGCUCCUGGCUCUAAGCCCGGCCAGCAGGGUGGUGCCAGCGUCGCCCCUAUCGGCACCCGCCCGGCCGGCACCCCUACCUCUGGUGCCCAGGCUAAGCGCUCCACCACGCCUCUUGCCACCUCGGGCGGCUGGGGUCGCGGCAACGGUGUAUGGGGCCAGGCCUCUUCUGGUCUCGGUGCCCAGGCCAGUGUUUGGGGCUAA